UGAAUGUGCUUUGUUCUUCUCUCUAUCCCUUAACCUUACAUCCUCUUUCAUCCUUAUCACUUGAUCUUUAAUCUUCCUAAUCUUUCGCUCAUUUGUCGACAGCAAAACUUCUGACAAUGGAAGCAACCAGAUUCUCUAACGUGUCAGCUCUUCUUACACUCCUGCUACUGUCACUGUCUCUCCGUGCUACGUCAAAAGACCAAACUGUUUCUUGCACAAUGUGUACCUCUUGCGACAAUCCAUGUAACCCUGUCCCGUCUUCUCCUCCGCCCCCUACUCCUCCAAGCUCCAGCGGUGGCGGUGGCUCUUAUUAUUCUCCUCCUCCUCCUCGUACUCCUUCGAGCUCCGGCAGCGGCGGCUCUUAUUAUUAUCCUCCUCCUUCAAGCUCUGGUGGUGGUAAAUACCCUCCUCCGUACGGAGGCUAUGGAGACGGUGGACAAAGUUACUAUUACCCGCCUGCUUCUUACGGUAACUUCCCGACGCCGCCUCCGCCGAAUCCCAUCGUUCCUUAUUUUCCGUUUUACUAUCACACUCCUCCCCCGGGAGAUUCUGGAUCGGAUCGUUUAAUGGGUUCUCUUCUCUUUGUUGUUCUGUUCUCCGUCUUACUUUGUUUUGUGUGAAUGAUGAGAUGAUUAUCUUUUACCUUUUUAACUAUGCUACUACUAUUUUUUUACUUUGUGUUGACAAUUUGUAGUUAACAUUAUAAUUACUCGUUGUUAAGAAUCUAUAUAUAAGCAAAAAAAGUUAUUUAUAAAAGUUUUACUUACUAAAGAAUAAGAACUUUUUGUUGUGUGUGUGGCUUAAAGUGAGUUUGAGUUACUCUGUAAAUAAGGAAGAGCAUGAGAGUCAACUAAUUUCACUUUGCC